AUGGGAAAUAGCGAAUCCAUAGCUGGUGGUCAGAAAGUGGUUCCUGCUACAGAGACCUAUAUAUGGUACAAAAAAUUUAUGAGGGAAUAUCCAUCCGGCCUGCAAACACUGCAUGAAUUUAAGUCGCUCUUGGGUCUGCAAGGUCUGAAUCCAAAGGCCAAUCAACAUGUUGAUCAAGUCUAUAAUACCUUUGACAUAAACAAGGAUGGAUUCAUUGACUUUUUAGAGUUUAUCGCUGCUAUAAAUCUAGUUAUACGAGGAAAAAUGGAACAGAAAUUAAAAUGGUAUUUUAAGCUGUAUGAUGCAGAUGGAAAUGGUUCUAUUGACAAACAGGAACUACUGAAUAUCUUCAUGGCUGUACAAGCCCUCAAUGGCCAGCAAACUCUGAGUCCUGAAGAAUUUACCAACCUGGUGUUUCAUAAGAUCGAUAUAAACAAUGAUGGAGAAUUGACUUUAGAAGAAUUUAUCAAUGGCAUGGAAAAAGAUCAGAAUCUUCUGGAGAUUGUUUCCAAGAGCUUUGAUUUUUCCAAUGUACUGAAAAUAAUCUAUAAUCAGAAGCAACAAGACUCAGAAAGGAGGCUUCCUUCAAACCAUGUGACAAGUCUGACCUAG